AUGUUACAAAAACAUUCUUUGAGAUUGGGAAAAUUCUCCAUCAGGACACUAGCCACCGGUGCUCCACUGGAUGCCUCCAAAGUGAAAAUCACCAGGAACCCAAAUCCAUCCAAGCCAAGACCAAAUGAAGAAUUGGUGUUCGGCCAAACUUUUACAGACCACAUGUUGACCAUUCCAUGGUCCGCCAAGGAAGGGUGGGGUACACCACACAUCAAACCUUACAGUAAUUUAUCUCUCGACCCAUCGGCCUGUGUAUUCCAUUAUGCAUUUGAGCUAUUUGAAGGUUUGAAAGCCUAUAGGACUCCUCAAAAUACCAUCACCAUGUUCCGUCCCGACAAGAACAUGGUUCGUAUGAAUAAAUCCGCCGCUAGAAUUUGUUUACCAACUUUCAACUCUGAAGAGUUACUAAAGCUUACAGGAAAAUUGAUCGAGCAAGAUAAGCAUCUUGUUCCUCAGGGAAAUGGUUACUCUUUAUACAUUAGACCAACUAUGAUUGGUACCUCCAAAGGUUUGGGUGUUGGCACUCCUUCCGAGGCUCUUCUUUACGUUAUUACUUCUCCAGUCGGUCCUUAUUACAAGACCGGUUUCAAAGCUGUGCGUCUCGAAGCAACAGACUAUGCCACAAGAGCUUGGCCAGGUGGUGUUGGUGACAAGAAGUUGGGUGCUAACUACGCCCCAUGUAUUUUACCACAAUUGCAAGCUGCUGAACGAGGUUACCAGCAGAAUCUAUGGUUGUUCGGUCCAGAAAAGAACAUCACUGAAGUGGGUACCAUGAAUGUUUUCUUUGUCUUUCUCAACAAGGUCACCGGAAAGAAAGAACUGGUUACUGCCCCAUUGGACGGUACUAUCUUGGAAGGUGUUACCAGAGAUUCUGUCUUAACUUUGGCUCGUGAUAAAUUGGAUCCUCAAGAAUGGGACGUCAACGAACGUUAUUACACCAUCACUGAGGUUGCUACUAGAGCUCAACAAGGCGAACUAAUAGAGGCCUUUGGUUCAGGUACCGCCGCCGUUGUUUCACCUAUUAAGGAGAUUGGCUGGAAGGACGAAGAUAUUCAUGUUCCAUUAUUGCCUGGUGAACAAUGUGGUGCAUUGACUAAGCAAGUUGCUCAAUGGAUUGCUGACAUUCAAUACGGUAGAACCAAGUACGACAACUGGUCAAGAACCGUUGCUAACUUGAACUGA